CAAGAGCUCAGUUCCGGGUUCUUUUCCAGCCGAGAGCUGCUCUCCGCCGCCGCCGCCGCUGCUGCUGCCGCUGUUUUAGCGCUCCCAAGGCAGGAUCAUGUCGCUUUUACUGGACAACCAGUUCACAGAACUCCCGCCGGACAAGUCUGUGGACACCAAGAUAUUUCUCGAAGCCGUCUCCCAUCUGCCUUCGUUCUUCGACUGCUUGGGAUCAACAGUGUUUUCAGUCAUCAAAUCAGACAUUAAUGGCAACAUAAUGAAAAUUACAGCCGUGUAUAACAAGGAUCCUGCAAAGUACGCCACCCUGCAAGACAUCCUGGAGGCCGAGAGGGAAGCCCACGCAGCAGAGUGGCCUAAAGUUGGAGCAACUUUGGCUCUGAUGUGGCUGAAGAGGGGUCUCCGUUUCAUUCAGAUCCUGCUGCAGAGUCUGGCGGACGGAGAAAGAGACGAGAACAACCCCAACCUGAUAAAGGUCAACGUCACCAAGGCCUACGAGCAGGCGCUGAAGAAAUACCACGGCUGGCUUGUUCAGAAGAUUUUCAAUGCAGCGUUAAUUGCAGCUCCCUACAAAUCGAACUUCCUCAAGGCUCUGUCGAAAGGAGAGGAAGUGAAAGAGGAGGACUGUCUGGCAAAUGUGCGUCAGUUCCUGGUUAAUUACACCGCCACUGUAGACGCCAUCUAUGAGAUGUACACAAAUCUGAACGCAGAGCUGGACUACACUGUUUGAAGACUCAGGAAAUGACUGGACUGGAGGUGAAGCAGCGUCACUCGUGUCACACAAGUCCAGUUUUUGAAGCUGUUUUUAAUAGGAUUGUUUUAAUUUUUUUUCCCUUUCUGUUUGAUAUUUAUUACUUUGAUUUUGCCUUACUAAAUAUUAAUACUGUACAUUUGUUCUGAAAAUGAACCAAAUGCCUUAAAUUUCAGCAGAAUUUACAACUGAAGGUGUUUUUUUUCUUCUUGUAUUUAAUUUCAGGUAACUGCAGGAUUGUUAUAGCAACAGUGCUGCUGUCACUCUUAGGCAGGAUUAUGUUAAUGUGUGGGUUUGAUGCUUUAUUUAUGACAUCAUCAGGUGGCUCUCACCUGUUUCAUCAAAAGAGCAAUUCAAGACUAAAGGCACUGUUAUUACAGGGAAGCAUUCCUGCUAAUUUGUAAUGUUCAGAUGCCUCCUGAGCCGUGGAGUUACUCCAUUGUUAAACUGGGAGCAGUGGCCCCAGUAUUUUUUUUUUUUUUUUUUACAUUGAAGCAGCUAAUUUUAGUUGUUUUUUAAAUAUCUGGAAUCCACUGAGUGCCUUAGUAUUACUGAAUAAAUGCAGAAUGCUCCAUAUUGAUAUAUUUGCAAUUCUAUUUCACCUGCAAAGAAGACUUAGUAGAACCGGAAUUGUUGAUGUUGUUCGUUUUAUUUUCUCUGAAGGCUUUUACCUGUGUGGACAUGGUGUGUUUAGCAGAAAGGCGUGGCUCAGGUGUGUUUGCUUCUAUCAUUGUCUUCUGUGGCCUGUUUUGUAACUUUAAUGUCUCAACACACAGUAAGUCACGAGCACAUCUUUUAAUUACUUAACAAUUGAAGGCAUAUUUAUUUCCAUGACUGCUGUUUGAACAGUUGAGCCGUUUGUUUCUGGAUAAUCCUCAAAAUCUCAAAACUCAAACCAAUGAAAUCAAAUUCAGUUGAUUGAUCUUACACUAGGUGGCGAUAUUGACCUGUUUUUGUCUCUUUCUUCAUCAUGUUUGUGGCCUCUGCUGCCUUGAAGCAUUUGAAAUUCUGUUUCGUGAUAACAAUCUAUGCAGUAAAGAUGACUGAAAUGUUAAA